UGUAAAUACUAAAUCAGGAGCAUUGCCCUUUAAAUAAACCGACGCGCCUUCUCCACCCUCGGUUUCGGCUGCACGGUGACUGACUGACGGAGGGGAUGCUGUCACUGUACACGUCGAAGAAUAAGAGAGGACAAUGAUACGAACAUGAUCAGCGCCGAUGGCCUCUCUAAAGGCGAGGCGACCCUGCAGGACAGAGGCAGCAGCAGCAGGAGGAGGCCACCCGCGGAGAUGCUCCAUCUGCUGUCAGCUGUUGUUGUUUGGCUUGUGACAGGAACCACCAUCUCCAGCCUGAACAAAUGGAUAUUUGCCGUUUACAACUUCAGGUACCCUCUUCUGCUUUCAGCGCUGCACAUGCUGACGGCCAUAGUGGUGGAUUAUGGGCUGAUAAAACUGCAGGUGAUCCGACACAGAGGGGCCGGAGAGCAGGAGCUAACCCCCAGCGCAAAGUGUAAGGUGUUCCUGUUGAGUCUGACAUUUUGCGCCAGUAUCGCAUUUGGGAACAUGGGUCUGAACUAUGUCCAGCUUUCAUUUGCACAAAUGAUCUACACAACCACCCCACUCUUUACUCUGGCCAUCUCCACGCUGAUCCUGGGCAAGCAGCAUCACAUUAUCAAGUACACAGCCAUGAUGCCCAUCUGCCUGGGAGCCUCCUUCAGCAUAAUGGGAGAGGUCCAGUAUGAUCAAACCGGCUGCUUCUUUGUGUUUGCGGCAACUAUGUUGAGAGGCGUCAAGUCCAUUCAGCAAAGCAUCUUACUUCAGGAGGAGAAAAUAAACUCUGUGUUCCUGCUCUACCUGAUGUCCAUUCCUAGCUUCUGUAUCUUGGCCGUGGCGGCUCUGGCUCUAGAGAACUGGGCUUUGCUGGAGUCGCCGCUGCAUUACGACCGCCACCUCUGGGUGUUUAUCCUGCUCAGCUGCCUGGGCUCAGUCAUGUACAACCUGGCCAGCUGCUGCGUCAUCACACUCACCUCUGCAGUCACUCUGCACAUCCUCGGCAACCUGAGCGUGGUGGGAAACCUGCUGUUGUCUCAGCUGCUCUUCGGCAGCGAGUUGUCUGCCCUCAGCUGUGCCGGCGCGGUGCUGACUCUGUCUGGCAUGCUUAUCUAUCAGAACUCAGAGUUUAUCGUGAGCUUCCUGGACGCUCGCAAGGCCAAAGCUAGAGAGUCUGGAAAUGUGGAUUUUCAUACUGCAAGCGGAGAUGAAUUUGGCAAAGGUUGUACGUCUGAACCCAAAUAUCAUCAGCACAGAACGGAAAGGAAACAGGAACACAAGAUAGACUGAACUGAAGGGAUGAAGGAGAGAAUAAAAUGGUGAAGGUUAAAAUGGGAAAGUGUUUUUUUCAAGCAGAUUGGAGAAGUAGACAGAACUGUCACUAUCACUGAUAAACUGAAAGACUUUUUUUUUUUUUUUUUUUUUUCAAACUCCUUGCUGUGCCAUUUGAUUUUCCUGUGGUCAAACAGAAAUGGAGUCUGCAGAGAGAAAAAGGUUGCCUUUACUUGUCACAGUGACGGUUAAAUUCUCUCCUUCAUCUGUAAAUCCGUCAUACAACAUCCUUUAGCGAUAUAUGCAUGCGUGAGCACACUUAACUGUUUGGUACCUCAUGAGGUAUUCACACUGACACUCAUACUACUCCACUGUGAAAAUGUUCUCAUUUACAGAGGGCUCUUAUCGCUGUUUGGGUGGCUGUUGUGGAUAUUUUAGACCGCAGGGAGCUUCAUAUUUGAAUGGGCACACUUUCUAUUUAAAAACAAUAUAUAUUGAUGGUACUGUUACCUAAUACUGACUCGGCCCUGUCAUGGUAAGGGACAGGGUGUUUGGCAGCUUAUUUUUGCUAUGUGAAGCAGGAUGUUAGUUAAAGUUACAAGGAUGGACAAAGCCAACAUUUCUGUGCAAUGAGACGCCUCUUUCCUCUACUGAAGCACAUUUUUAAUAAGAGGUCUAAGCUCAGUGUUUUGUCCCCCCUUAUGAACCUCAGUGUGGCUUCCCACUUAAGGGCCUAGAUUUUUGUUCUCAUAGCAGCUUGAUAAGACGGUCUCUGUAGAAUUAGUCCAAUUAUUUCCAUCCUUCACAACAGUGCACUCACUGCAGCUUUCCUUCAUAAUUAGGUUCACAAGUUCUCUAAGGAGUGACACUCAACUUUAGCUGUCCUUUUCCCGUUGAAGAGACGGGGAAAUUAAGAUUGAGCUUCUUAAAUCCUCAACAAUGUCAUCUGUCACUUUUGUGUGUGAGUGUGCAGGUGACACUUUCUAAAAGUUGUUUACCUGGAGCACCUGACUUCUGCUGGGCAGUGUUACAGUAUGUGUUUCUGUCAGUAUUUAGAAAGCAUUUUAUUGAUGUGAUUUUAUUACAUGACAAAUACAUUUUUUUCCCCUUUUAAUAUUUAUUUGGUAAAAAAAAUAUUUAUUUUUGGAUGGACAUAAUCACUGGCUUUGUAAUGCUGUGGAUUUAGCGUCAAGUGUCUUGAACCUGCAUAAGUGUUAUGUAGGUUGGUUUCCCCUGUCCACUCUCUUCAGAAAGAGUCGGGUUUAUAAGCAGAAGACUGCAUGCCGUUACAACUGAAAGCAUUUUGAAUAAGCCGGGAUGUCUGUAAGCGGCUGUACACUCCCGCCUACAUGUAUGGUAUGCAAAAUGUUUACUUUGAAAGCUUUUUUUUAGUCUAGUGUGUCAGUGGCAAAAAUUAUGUGCUCUUGUCCAUUUUUGAGUUCUCACAAGACAACAAAGCCAUACAUCAGACACCUUCCACAUGAUGACAUGAAUAAUAGUAUUGCCAUAAAAAUAAUUACCGGCAUAAUCUGAAAGAUUUCACUUAAUGAAUCACUAAAUUCAUAUUUCCAGGGUGCCAUAACUCAUAAUCUUAGAUUCUUCCCUGCAGCAUAUCAUAUGAAUCCUGAUAUUUUUCUUAAAUCAGGGGUCAGCUAAGUUAUUGUUAAAAUGGAUUAAAAACAGAUUUAUUUGCAGUUUGAUAAAUUGCCGUGUUGGUUUAAUAUUUUUAAUGAUAAAUGGUUUUUCAGCCAUCCUUACUUAACAAUUGUACUGUAUCACACAUCAUUUGGACUGGUUUUUCAUUUCUGGGUACCUCAGCUUUCAAAAAGACUUGUUAUACUCAUGUUUAGGGAUUAUUUACCAUAGGUCUGAGUUCAUACAGUUGUUUUUUCAUGUCCACAUAACACUGCUGCACCUGAAUGAUGGACAUUAUCAUGGUGAGUCACGAGCUAUCAUUUGAUCAUUUUUAAACACGUGAUUUCAUAUUCUCAGUUUGCAUGUUUGGCUGCAGAUUAUGGUUGUUGGGCUGAACUGUUGGUCUGAUGAGCUGAAAACGCCACCCACAAAGCCUAUGGUUCCUGUGUAAAUACUGGUUUUGAUUGUUUGCAAAGCUAGUGGGAUGUAAAUAGUUUAUUUUAUUAUAUUUAUCGUUUUGUAGUCAUAUAUGGUUUAAACUGGGUUAAGAAUGAAAUGUUUGCCUCAUGCCUUAUUUGGAUAUACUGAAGACAGGAGUGAUUUGAUCCAGCAUUUUGUCAAAUGUUUUGGAUUAUAAUUUGAAUGCCAACAGUCAGCAGCUACAGUGACUUUGUUUAAGGGGAAAGAAAAGGAUGAUUCAUAUACACAUGAACUGCAACUGCUCAAAUAAAAAAAAAAAAACAACUGCUACAUAAACAAUAAAAACCAACAAACCACUUCAUUACUGAGUUGUUGCCUACAUUAUUAACUCUCAAUGUAACUACUUCUUCAUUUAAUUAAAGUUCAGACCUCCUUUAAGUGUU